GUGUGUGUGUGUAUGCUAGAGAGAGAGCGAGAGAAAGAGAGAGGCUUUUUUUCCAAACUGCUCUUUGCUCCUGUUCGCUCUCUCUUUAGGCAAGCAGAGCGGAGUGGGACUGUGUGAGAAGAGGCACACCACAGCCACUCCACCGACAGCCAACACAGGAGAAGAGUUUGCAAGGAGACAAUAAGAGCAAGAACACAGCUAUUUCUUAUUUUUUUGGAUAUCAAACUGACAAAGAAAAAAAGGAUUUGCCUUGCUUUACUCCCCAAAGGAAAUUAUUACUCAUAUUCACAGCAAAAAUAGACAUUUUUUGGUGUUUUUGCAGAGAAUAAAAGGAAUAAAUAAAAGCCAGACUGGGAUGCCAGACAGAGGUUUUGGAGCAGGCAUGGGCAAGCUGACUGGACCGCCGCUCUGGAUGUGGAGCUUGAUGCUCUCUUGUGUCCUGCUGAUGGGCAGCGCUGGAGCCUGCCCUGCCUUGUGUACCUGCAGUGGCACCACAGUCGACUGCCACGGACUGGGGCUCAGGACCAUGCCGAGGAAUAUCCCACGCAACACUGAAAGACUGGAACUGAAUGGCAACAAUCUCACACGCAUCACCAAGAGUGACUUUGCUGGGCUCAAGUACAUCCGAGUUCUGCAGCUGAUGGAGAAUCAGAUUACUGUGAUUGAGCGUGGGGCUUUUGAUGACAUGAAGGAGCUUGAGCGACUGCGACUGAACCGUAAUCAACUGCAGCAGCUUCCAGAGUUGCUGUUUCAGAAGAACCCUGGUCUGUCUCGGCUAGAUCUGAGCGAGAACUUCAUCCAGUCUAUCCCACGAAAAGCUUUCAGAGGAGCAACAGACAUCAAGAACCUUCAGCUGGACAAAAACCACAUCGGCUGCAUUGAGGACGGCGCCUUCAGAGCUCUGAGAGGCUUGGAAGUGCUAACCCUGAACAACAACAACAUCAGCAGCAUCCCGGUUUCCAGCUUCAACCACAUGCCCAAACUGCGAACCUUCCGUCUCCACUCCAACAAUCUCAACUGUGACUGUCAUCUGGCCUGGUUGGCCCAGUGGCUCAGACAGCGGCCCACCAUUGGUCUCUUCACUCAGUGCACAGCACCACCCGAGCUCAAAGGUCUCAAUGUGGCCGAAGUGCAGAAACAUGAAUUCAGCUGCUCGGGUCACCAGGAUUCUUCCAGCCCACAGCCGUGCAACACAGGUGGAGGCUCCUGUCCUGCCAUGUGUACCUGCAGCAAUAACAUUGUGGACUGCAGAGGGAAAGGUCUGACUGACAUUCCAGCCAACCUGCCAGACAGCAUGGCCGAAAUACGUCUGGAGCAGAAUGGGAUUAAAGCUGUUCCUCCUGGAGCCUUCUCUCCUUACAAGAAGCUGCGCAGGAUAGACCUGAGCAACAACCAGAUCUCUGAGAUAGCUCCCGACGCCUUCCAAGGCCUGCGCUCCCUCAACUCCCUCGUGCUGUAUGGAAAUAAGAUCACUGACCUGCCCAAGGGUGUCUUUGAUGGCCUCUACGCCCUGCAACUGCUUUUGCUGAACGCCAACAAGAUCCACUGCGUUCGUGCCAACACCUUCCAGGACCUGCAGAACCUCUCGCUGCUGUCACUGUACGACAACAAGAUCCAAACUCUGGCCAAGGGCACCUUCACUUCACUGCGAGCCAUACAGACGCUUCACCUGGCCCAGAAUCCAUUUAUCUGUGACUGUAAUUUGAAGUGGCUGGCCGACUACCUGCGCUCCAACCCCAUCGAGACCAGCGGUGCCCGUUGUGCCAGCCCUCGCCGGCUGGCCAACAAACGCAUUGGGCAGAUCAAGAGCAAGAAAUUCCGCUGCUCCGCUAAAGAGCAGUACUUCAUCCCAGGUGCCGAAGAUUCCCGUCUGAAUAACGCCUGUAACAGCGAUCCAGUGUGUCCUGCCAAGUGUCGCUGUGAGUCCAACGUCGUGGACUGCUCCAACCUGAAGCUCACCAAGAUCCCUGAGCACAUCCCAUCAUCCACCACUGAGCUGCGUCUCAACAACAAUGACAUCACCACUCUGGAGGCCACUGGAGCCUUUAGGAGCCUUACCCAGCUCAAGAAAAUUAACCUCAGCAACAACAAGAUCACAGAGAUUGAGGAUGGCGCUUUCGAGGGCGCCUCGUCAGUCAACGAGCUUCAUCUCACGGCCAAUCAGAUCGACACGGUUCGGAGCGAGAUGUUCCGCGGCCUGGAGGGAUUGCGCAUGCUGAUGCUGAGGAACAACAAAAUAAGCUGCAUCCACAACGACAGCUUUACAGGUUUACACAACGUGCGUCUGCUGUCUCUGUACGACAACCAGUUGACCACCAUCACCCCUGGAGCCUUCGAUACUCUGCAGACCCUCUCCACCCUGAACCUUCUGGCCAACUCCUUCAACUGUGACUGCCGGCUGUCCUGGCUGGGAGACUGGCUGAGGAGCAGGAAGAUUGUUACUGGAAACCCUCGCUGCCAACGCCCUGCUUUCUUGAAGGAGAUCCCUCUGCAGGAUGUGGCUCUGCCUGAUUUCCGAUGUGAGGAAGGCCAUGAGGAGUCAAGCUGCAUGCCCAGACCUCAGUGCCCCAGUGAGUGCACUUGCCUGGAGACAGUGGUGCGCUGCAGUAACAAGCACCUCCACACGCUGCCAAAAGGAAUCCCCAGAAAUGUGACUGAACUGUAUCUGGAUGGAAACCAGUUCAGCGUGGUACCAAAAGAACUGUCUUCCUUCAAGUUCCUUCAGCUGGUGGAUCUAAGCAACAACAAGAUCAACUCUUUGACCAACUCUUCUUUUGCCAAUAUGAGCCAGCUCACCACUUUAAUCCUGAGCUACAACUCUUUGCGCUGUAUUCCCAAAAUGGCCUUCAGUGGACUCCACUCCCUCCGCCUGCUGUCUCUCCAUGGCAACGAGAUCUCUGAGCUUCCUGAUGGCAUCUUCGGUGACGUGGCCUCUCUUUCCCACUUAGCAAUCGGUGCCAACCCGCUCUACUGUGACUGCCGUUUGCGCUGGCUGUCUGACUGGGUCAAGACCGGCUACAAAGAGCCCGGUAUUGCCCGCUGUGCUGGUCCACAUGGUCUGGAGGGCAAGCUGCUGCUCACUACACCCGCCAAGAAAUUUGAAUGCACAGGUGAGGUGGACACUGCUGUACUGGCCAAGUGCAACCCCUGUCUGUCCAGCCCGUGUCAGAACCUCGGCGUGUGUCACAGUGACCCGGUGGACAUCUACAGGUGCAGCUGUCCCCCAGGAUUCAAGGGCAAGAACUGUGAGACCUCUCUGAACGCCUGCGUGAGCAACCCCUGUGCCAACGGAGGCAAGUGUCAAGUCAGUGAAGAAGAGGAGGGAGAGUACAGCUGCACGUGCCCUCUUGGUUUCGAGGGUCCCACCUGCCAAAGCAACAUUGACGACUGUGAAGACAACGACUGUGAGAACGGCGCCACCUGUGUGGACGGAGUCAACAACUACACUUGUUUUUGUCCCCCAUACUACACAGGGGAGAUGUGUGAAGAAAUGGAGGACGUGUGCGCCCCAGGAAGAAGUCCAUGCCAACAUCAGUCUACCUGCCUCAUCACCUCCUCUGGACCCAAGUGUGUCUGCUCUCCUGGUUAUGUUGGUGACGACUGCAGUGUAGACUACGACGACUGCCAGGAGCAUCGCUGUCAGAACGGAGCUCAGUGUGUGGACGAGCUCAACAGCUACACCUGCCGGUGUCCUGAAGGUUACAGUGGUCAGCUGUGUGAAAUUGCUCCAUCACUGUUGUCCCUGUGCGAGCUGGCCGACUGUCAGAACGACGCGCCCUGUGUGGAGCGGGGCGGUCGUGCGCUCUGCCAGUGUCCUCCUGAAUUUGGCGGUCCUCGCUGCGAGAAGCUGGUGAGCGUCAACUUUGUGGACAGAGAUUCGUACUUGCUGCUGUCUGACCUCAAGAACUGGCCUCAGGCUAACAUCACCCUGCAGGUGUCCACAGCAGAGGACAACGGCAUCCUCUUAUACAAUGGAGACAACGAUCAUAUCGCAGUGGAGCUCUACCAAGGUCAUGUAAAGGUCAGCUAUGACCCAGGCAGCCAGCCGGGCCAUGCCAUCUACAGCACUGAGACCAUCAACGAUGGUCAGUUCCACACGGUGGAGCUCGUCACCUUUGACCAGAUGGUCAACCUGUCCAUCGACGGGGGUCUCCCCACCACCAUGGACAGCUUGGGGGUGGUGCGACCCCUCAACGGAGAGGCUCCACUAUACGUGGGGGGUAGGGGCCCUCUCCAGAACACACCUCCCUCCUCUUCAGGCAUGCCAGUAGGAGUCCACUCCAGCGCCUUCCGCCUGUGGCAGAUCCAGAACAGCUCCAGUUUCCACGGCUGCAUCCAGAACCUGUACAUCAACAACGAGCUGCAGGACUUCACCAAGACCCAGAUGAAACCCGGCGUGGUGCCAGGCUGCGAGCCCUGCAAGAAGAUCUACUGUGUUCACGGCAUCUGCCAGCCAGAUGGGCUCCAGGGCCCCGUGUGCCACUGCCAGCCGGGCUGGACCGGGCCGCAAUGCGACGAGCCGGCGAGCAACCCCUGCCAGGGCAGCAAGUGUGUCCAUGGACGCUGCAUUCCGCUGGACACUCAGUCGUACCGCUGCGAGUGCAGCGAGGGCUACCGCGGCGCACUCUGCAACCAACAGGGGGAGCUGUUCAAUCCUUGCCGCCGUUUGGCGUGCAAACAUGGCCGCUGCCAGAUCUCAGACACGGGCGACGCCUACUGUCACUGCGAAAGCGGCUACACCGGACAGCUCUGUGACGCAGAGUCGGAGUGUCGAGGGGAGCCCAUGAGAGACUUCUACCAGGUGCAGCGAGGCUACGCCAUCUGCCAGACGACGCGCAUGGUGUCCUGGGUGGAAUGCAGCGGCGUGUGCGAGGCGGGCGCCUGCUGCGCCAGCCAGCGGAUGAAACGUCGGAAAUACACCUUCGAGUGCAGCGAUGGCACCUCCUUCAGUGAGGAGGUGGAAAAGACCAUCAAGUGCGGCUGCAUGGGAUGCGUGUAGCGCCGCCGCGUGGACGCCGGAAGAGAGCAAGAAAGGAAGGAGGGAUGGAAUAGAGAGAUUCUAAAGAAGCUAUAUAAAACCUCUAUCUAUAUAUUAAGGACUACAAUGCUUGUAAAAUAGGACAUGUGACCUACAAGUAUCACAACACCCUGAGCGUCAACUAAAACAGGCUCCAGAGAUUUCCAAUUGAGUGAUGAGGCGUCACUCCUGCUCCUUUUCCCCAGUGUGAACCCCCCUAAAAACACAACAGCCACCAUUGAGGACAGUGGGGUGCAGCCUGGCUCGGUUAUGGACGAGAGGGAGAAGCGGGAAAAUAAAUAUGGACGCACAUAAAGAGAGAGCUGGAUGAAGUUGGCCACGUGACAGGAAGUGAUUGGAGGCUUUCAAGUCGUUUUGUCGACCAUCCACACGCACGCAACAGAAGAAGAAGAAGGCACAUAAUCAUAAGAAGUGCGGAUGUGGCGACUUUUAAGAGGCACACAGACACAAACACACACUUAUAUCACAUUUAUACAGUCGGUCCUCAGCGUGAUCAGCGUACUACCGCCACCCUCCAGCAGGGGGCCUCCUUCUUGACGCUUGCAGUAUUAAAAGAAAGAUUGCCAAUUAACAUGUCAAAUUCUGAAGAAUCACCUGUUUUAUUUUUAUUUCUCGUAUUGUUUUUUUCUAUUUUAUUUCACCAUGUAACCCUAAAAAUACUCCCCCAUUUAUAUAGAAAUGCCUAACAGAUUCUAAUAUAUAUAUAUUUGUAUUUCGUUUUUUUUUGGUAUAGUAUUUUUCUAUGUUAAAGAGUAAGUGUGUUUCUGAAAGGCUGGCGGAACAACGUUCACUUUGUGGGGUUUUUUUCAACAUUUUAAGAAGUAGUAAUAGGUCACACACACACACAUACAUACACACACACACAUACACACACACACACAAACACACACACACACACACACACACACACACACACACGUUGUAUAGGAGCCACUGGUGGUCUUGCUCUAGAAAUAUGUUUAAUAUUGUAUAUGUUGUCUUCCAUGUGAAUAUUACAUCCAAUUCAUGAGCGCCUCUGCUUGUUUUUAUUUAUUUUGUGGGGAUUUUCCGUAAAUUGCAUUUUCUUGAUAUUUUCCAAAACAUAAAAGAGUACGAUGAAGUAUUAGGGCCACAUUGAACAAAAAAAAAAAACCGUAAGAUUUUGAGAAUAAAGUUGUAAAUUUACAAGAAUAAAAUCACAAAUUUCAAGAAAAAAAGUCAUACAUUUACGAGAAUAAAGUCGUACAUUUACGAGAAUAAAGUCGUAAACCUCAGAGAAAAAAGCCACAAAUUUACAAGAAAACAAGUCGUAAAUUCACGACAAAAAAGUCAUCCAUUUACAAGCAUAAAGUCACAAAUUAGCGAGAAACAACUUGUACAUUUACAAGAAUAAAGUCGUAAAUUUACAUUUCGAAGAAGAUACAUUUUUAAGAAGAAAAGUCUUACAUUUACGAGAAUAAAGUCGUAAAUUUACAAGAAAAAAGUCCGACAUUUAGGAGAGUAAAGUCAUACAUUUACAAGCGUAAAGUCAUAAAUUUACAAGAAAAAACUCAUACACUUACAAGAAUAAAGUCGUUCAUUUACAAGAAUAGAGUCGCAAAUUUCCAAGAAAAAAGUCACAAAUUUACAAGAAAACAAGCCGUAAAUUUACAAGAAUAAAGUCACAAAUUUGUAAGAAAAAAGUUUAUGAGAAUAAAGUCGCAAAUUUACAAGCAUAAAGUCAUGACUUUACAAGGAUGAAGUCGCAAAUUUAUGAGAAGAAAGUCGGAAAUUUACGAGCGUGAAGUCAUAAAUUUACAAGAAUAAAAUCGGAAAUUUACGACAAAAAAAGUGUACAUUUCCGAGAAUAAAGUCGUAAAUUUACAAGAAAAAAGCUGCAUAUUUCCAAGAAAAAAGUCACAAAUUUACGAGAAAACACGUUGUAAAUUUCCGAGAUAAAAGUCGUAAAUUCAAAUGAAUAAAGCCGCAAAUGUCCGAGAAAAAGGCCACAAAUUUACAAGAAAACAAGUCGUAAAUUUACAAGAAUAAAGUCACAAAUUUGAGAGCAAAAAGUCGUACAUUUAUGAGAAUAAAGUCGCAAAUUUACGAGCGUAAAGUUAUAAAUUUACAAGAACGAAGUCGCAAAUUUGAGAGCAAAAAGUCAUACAUUCACGAGAAUAAAGUCGUAAAUUUACGAGAGUAAAGUCAUAAAUUUACAAGAAUAAAAUCGCAAAUUUACAACAAAAAAAGGUGUAUAUUUACGAGAAUAAAGCCGUAAAUUUCCAAGAAAAAAGUCACAAAUUUACGAGAAAACAAGCUGUAAAUUUACGAGAAAAAAAGUCAUAAAUUUACAGGGAAAAAGUCAUACAUUUAUGAGAAUAAAGUUGCAAAUUUAAGACUGUCAAGUCAUACAUUUACAAGAAUGAAGUCACAAAUUUAUGAGAAGAAAAGUCGCACAUUCACGAGAAAAAAAUUGUAAAUUUACAAGAGUAAAGUCAUAAAUUUACAAGAAUAAAAUCGCAAAUUUACGACAAAAAAGGUGUAUAUUUAUGAGAAUAAAGUCGUAAAUUUCCAAGAAAAAAGUCUUAUGUUUCCAAGAAAAAAAGUCACAAAUUUACAAGAAAACAAGUUGUAAAUUUACGAGAAAAAAAGUCAUAAAUUUACGGGAAAAAAGUCGCAAAUUUGCAAGAAAAACGUGAUACAUUUACAAGAAUAACGUUGUAAAUUUACAAGCGUAAAGUCAUAAAUUGACAAGAAUAAAAUCGCAAAUUUACGACAAAAAAGGUGUACAUUUACGAGAAUUAAGUCGUACAUUUAAAUUUUCUUUGUGAAUUUAUGACAUUUUUUCGUGUAAAUUUACAACAUUAUUCUCAAAAUUUCCGAUUUUUAUUCAAUGUGGCCCUAAUACUCUGUCGUAGAAGAAAAAAGGGUAAAAUAAUUGAUAAAAAAAAAAGUGAUAGGUCACCACCACCAUCCCGCCACUGAAAUAUUUCUAUAGGUUUCGCUGAGGUGCUUCUAUAGCUCAACUGCAUCAUAAGCUGCUGUCAUAAGACGCUUCCUGUGUUAAGUUGUGUUAACGUGUCUGACAAAAUAACACAACGGCGUGAAGCGUUCCAGGCCUGCUAUGACACAAAGGUUUUACAUAGCUGGUAAGACACGUUAUAAGAAAAAGAAUUGCUUAGUUGAGGUGCCAUUUGCAGUGAGCACAUAGCUGAAUGUAUAAAAUUGUACAGAUAAUAAAUAUGCUUAUUCAUGAAGUGGUAGCUGUCAUUUAGUUUGCAUUGUAAAAUGAUAGAAUUGAUCACAUUCUGGGUUUUUGUUUUGUUUUGUUUUUUGGGGGUUUCUGAUGAGUCUGGCUUCAAUGUGAACCAUCCUGGUGAUCAUGUGACACCCCCCCUUAUAGGUGGUGUGCCUCGUAAAGGCGCAAUUUUGUGGAAUGUGACUUUUUUUCGGUUUCAAGUUUUGGUACACGUCUCCUUGGUGUGCGCUCGUUCGUAGCAGACGAGUGCAAAGUACAACUUCCUGGUAGACAUUUAGUGGUGCUUGUGCGAUAUUGACAAACCAUCCAAUGAACUAGAAUAUACAGUACAUACAUAUGUUGAUGUAAACCACACAAUGUUGUAAAAAGAUUUAUUCCUGCUUCUCUGUCACAGGACUGAUGUGGGCUUGAAGUGAAAGAGUCGCAAUGAUGCUGAAUGUAUGUAGUGCCACCGACAAAAUGUUUACCAAACCUCCACUCUCUUUUCAUUAAACUUAAAUGUGU